AUGGCAUUCCAGGGACAGCAUCCUCCUGCGCAAGGAGGCUAUUACCCUCCUCCACCGGGACCGGGAGGAUAUCAACAACCACUACCUCCCCUCCAACAACAGCAGCCGCAGCAACAUGUGCCGUAUAACUACCCUCCUCCGCCUCAAGGCGGCGCCGCCCAUUUUCCCCCACCCCCUAACGCCGGAUCCCCUCCUCCGGUAGCCCACACUCCACCGAUUCAAUCACCUCCUCCUCCAGUCAAGGUCGAGAAUGUGCCUGGAGCCCCACCCCCCGGGCAGUUCGUUGGAGCUCAAGCUACCACUGCAGACGACGUUGGUACAUUCAAUGGCGGGAGCUACCGCAUCAGUCACCGCGACACGAAUUCGGUUCUCACUAUCCAGUUAGCAAUGGGAUGCCCAUUGAUAGCUAAACCAGGUGCCAUGAUUGCCAUGUCCCCUACUGUGUCUCUGAAAGGCUCCAUCAAAUUCUCCAUGAAAAAAAUGCUUGCUGGCGGUGAAAUGUCCUCGUCAACGUUCACUGGACCUGGUGAACUACUACUGGCGCCCUCAAUGUUGGGUGAUAUCUCUCUUCUGAGGCUUAACGGUCAGGAGCAAUGGUCCGUCGGCAAAGACGCAUUCCUUGCAUGCACUCAAGGAGUAGUUAAGGACUAUAAAAAUCAGGGCCUCAGCAAAGCGUUCUUCUCCGGAGAGGGCCUGUUUGUCUAUAAGAUAAGCGGAACGGGAAUACUCUUUGUCCAGAGUUUUGGUGCGAUCAUAAGAAAAGAUGUACGUUUUUUCCCCUUCCGCUUCAGCAAAGGGACCUCAAGGGCUGACAAUAUAAAUCAAACGUGUAGCUGGUCGAUGGCGAAAAGUACAUUGUUGACAACGGCCAUCUUGUAUCGUGGAACUGCAAGUAUGUUAUGGAACGCGUCGCUUCUGGUGGGGUGUUGUCCAAUCUCAGCUCUGGAGAAGGCCUCGUUUGCAAAUUCACCGGGCCUGGAACGAUCUACCUGCAAACGAGAAAUGCCUCUGCUUUUGCUUCUUGGAUGA